CCCGCACAUCUGGAAGUGGUUUCAGAGGCCGCCUCACUGCCAGCGCAAAGCCUGGAUUCUCAGCUGCUCACAGAGGAGUGGAAGAAACCCGAGCCAUUCAGUUAACGCAAGCAGAGGGGUGUGGAUAGCCAGUCGCGGCUUAUUCUCUUGGAAAUGAGCACUGGCCUUGGGGCUCUCCGGUCCUUUGGGAUUUCCAAUGGGAUCUUAAAAGCAGCAGACUCAGCGUGAAGCACAGCAGCUCCCACCAGGCCAGAGACAAUUUGAACGCUCUACCCCUCAGCCUUUCUGAACCAGGGAGCCCAAAGCCUAUCCUCACCAUCCAUCAGGUCCCAGUUCUUAUCCAGGUGAACACACAUGGCUCUGUUACGAAAAAUUAAUCAAGUGUUGCUGUUCCUUCUGAUCCUGACCCUCUGUGGGAUUCUGUACAAGAAAGUUCGUAAGGGGGCUGUACUCAAGAAUGAAGCAGAUGAUGAUCCUGAGACUCCUGAGGACACGGAAGAGGAGAUUCCGGUGGUGAUCUGUGCGGCGGCAGGAAGGAUGGGCGCGGCCAUGGCCGCCAUCAACAGCAUCUACAGCAACACUGACGCCAACAUUGUGUUCUACGUAGUCGGACUGCGGAACACUCUGUCUCGAAUACGAAAGUGGAUUGAACAUUCUAAACUGAGAGAAAUCAACUUUAAAAUUGUGGAGUUCAACCCUAUAGUCCUCAAGGGGAAGAUAAGACCAGACUCAUCACGGCCUGAGCUGCUCCAGCCUCUGAAUUUUGUUCGAUUUUAUCUCCCCCUGCUUAUCCACCAACAUGAGAAAGUCAUCUAUCUGGACGAUGAUGUCAUUGUACAAGGUGACAUCCAAGAACUGUAUGACACCACCUUGGCCUUGGGUCAUGCAGCAGCCUUCUCAGAUGACUGUGAUUUGCCCGCUGCUCAAGACAUCAACAGACUUGUUGGACUACAGAACACAUACAUGGGCUAUCUGGACUACCGGAAGAAGACCAUCAAGGACCUUGGCAUCAGCCCCAGCACCUGCUCUUUCAAUCCUGGUGUGAUUGUUGCCAAUAUGACCGAAUGGAAGCACCAGCGUAUCACCAAACAGUUGGAGAAAUGGAUGCAAAAAAAUGUGGAAGAAAACCUCUACAGCAGCUCCCUGGGAGGAGGGGUGGCCACCUCCCCAAUGCUGAUUGUAUUUCAUGGGAAAUAUUCCACCAUCAACCCUCUGUGGCACAUCAGACACCUGGGCUGGAAUUCUGAUGAGAGAUAUUCAGAACAUUUCCUGCAAGAAGCUAAAUUACUCCACUGGAAUGGACGACAUAAACCCUGGGAUUUUCCUAGUGUUCACAAAGACUUAUGGGAAAGCUGGUUUGUUCCAGACCCUGCAGGGAUAUUUAAACUCAAUCACAACAGCUGAUACAAUCCAAUAUUUAAAAUAAUUCCUGGAUAAAAUCGGAAUUUCCCCUUUGUAGCCUACGCUAACUUUGUUGUUUAUGAACAUAUCAUACCUUUGAUAUAUGUGAUCCCCAAUAAAAGAAAUAAAAACUACUGUGUACAAGUUGUACCUUGGAUCAUAUAGGCAGAUUUAGCUUCUUGAAGUACAAGUGAUAACUGGGUCUCUCUCUUCUUCUGAGAUAGGGUCUCACUAUGUAUCAUUUGAACAAUGACAAUUAUAGCCAAAAAAUUAAAAAUUCUCUGAUUUUUCACAUGCAAGUUUUUG